AUGCCUCCUCCACCCACACCAACCCACCCCGCCAACCAAGCCUACUUUAAUACAAUCCUGAACCCCUCACAAAUCGCGAAUGCUCAAUCCCCCUCCUCCGCCUCUCCAUUCAGUGCGAACAAAGCCGCGACCUCAUCUUCCACAACACCAACGCACGCCAGCAACACCUUCAAGACACCGCGCGAAAAAGAGAACGAACGCCUGAUGCGAUCGGCGCAAGCGCGGAACAAAACCUACCGCAACGAGAUCGACGAGGGCGGUCGACAGGGCGGCGGGAGCGCCAGAGCAACCAUAAGAGGAGGAGGUGGUGCUGGUCGCGGGCGGAGUCCCGAAUCGUUCGAUGCGCGGCAGAAGCGCGAGUGGGCUGCUGCGGUGUUGGCCAACUUGGAGAUGGUGAUUUGGUAUGCUGGGGUCAGAAAUGAGGUAUAUAUCAUGAUCACUCUUACUUCUCUUUCGCUUUUUUCUUCCUUCUGCUUCUUGUAUGGGGAAAAGGAAAAGAAAAAGAAAAAGAAAACUGAAUGCUGA